GAGAGGGAAUGUGUGUGUCAGAAAGAUGAGAGAAAGGUGAGAGAGGGGGGAGAGAGAGAGCGGGAGAUGCAGAGAGCGGAGCUCCGGCGCACGGAGAGGCGGCGAGUGAUGUAGUUGCGUUGCGCGCCCGUGAACCAACCCCCCCUACUCACCACUCAUUCUGCAAUCCACCGACACGAGUCCCGGGUCACCGCCAGCGACAGAUAGAUAGCAAUCACAGACAACAGCAACAAAGACAAGAGACCCAAACAGAAACGCCCCGGGAAUUCACCGGGACGCGGCGGACGGUCGGGAAUACCAGAGGAUGUGAGUGAGCCUCACUCAGCGCGCUGAAUGACUGGGAAGACCGCGUCUGCAUUGCUGCCGUCUACAGCCCGCCAGCACUCUCCCUCUCCUCCCGCCAGCACUCUGCUCACAGCAGCGCCAUGUCCCAGGUUAUGCCUUACAGCGAAGAAAAGAUUGCGCACUAUGGCGACGCGGCGGAGGUGGGCCAGCCGCUCUUCACCUGCCGCCUGCAUGACACCGGCAAUUUCUUCGGGUCCGCUCCGAACAAGAGGGCGCCCAAGCUGGGCCAGAUCGGCAGGAGCAAGCGGGUUGUCAUAGAAGAUGACAGAAUUGACGACGUGUUGAAAACUAUGACAGAGAAAUCCCCGCCUGGCGUUUAAACGAAACGACUCCGCGAUGCGUUCGACAAUAACCCUUAAAGCAAGUCUUUUGGUUAAAAUGCAAGCAGUUCGAGACACUUUAAAAAGCUGUGCGCCGUGUUACUAAAACAGAAAACUAUUGUAUUUCACGCUUAGACACGAGGGUGAGCAGGGGAAGAGGGUCAGGUAAAUGAGGUGAGGCUGAGCGUUGGUCUGCGGCUGUCGUCUAUACGGACUUUGUUUUAACCCCCCCCCCCCCCCACGUUACAGCUUGUCUCUGGCGGACUGGCGAAAGCCGGCGAGCGGCUAAGCAUCGGGACGGGAGAAUGUAGCAGGCACACCCAUGUAUUAUACAUCAGUGUAUCGUGUUGCUACCCGCCUGUAAUUAUGAAUGGAGCGCCGUGUUUACAUUUUCUUUACCGCGCGAACACUAUAAUACCGUGCACCUUGAAUGUGAAACCUUAUUUUUAUUCCCCUCCCCCUUUAUUGCAACGUCGAGGAAUGUUAAAAAUAAUAUUUUAUAGGAAUGAAGAGAAUGUUUCUUUUUAAUUCACAACUUCCCGUGCAGCUUGAACCCCACCCCCUUGCUAAAAUGCAGCCUGCUGAGUUUAAAGUGGAAAGGAAUAUUUUAUAUAUUAGGAUUUAUAAACGAUAUCCUACCGUGCAUUUAUCUUUGUUAUCGUGCAGUCAUCUACUUUCUAGAAUGUAUGAAGCGCCAUCACAACAGUGCCAAAUUUCUCGAGAAUGCCAGCAUUUGGCUAUCAGUUUGUCUGUGCUCUUGGUGAAUGUAUAAUUUAAUGCUAUUUGGCUGCCAGUUUUUAUGUUAAAGAGACUAAAUUUCCUUUCUUACUGGUGAGAUUACUGCACCGCAUGAACCUGUGUAAACGCCUGGUGUGGCGGUUUCGUUCUUCACUAUGAAUCUUGUUUUCAACUUUGAAUGGUAGACCUCGAUAUUUUAAUUUCUUAAUUGAAUAUAUCGAAUGUUGCAUCUCUCUCUAUAGGGCUAUACUACAAAGUAUAAUAAAAAGAUGAACCAUACCUAUGUGUUUGUGAGAGAGAGUGUGUUUCUGUGUGAGUGUGUGUGUGAGAAAGAGUGUUUGCAUAUAAGUGCUUUUGUGCGUGUGUGUGUGUGUUUCUGUGUGUGUCCGUGUAUGCGUGUUUGUGCGGCUGUGUGUAUGCUCGAAUUGUAAUUGGUUUACUAUCGUCACAUGUACGGCGAUACAGUGAAAAAUUUGUCGUGCAAACUGUUUCACACAGAGCCGAUCAUUACACAAUGUUUUGAGGUAGAACAAGGAAAAUCAAUAACAGAAUGCAGGACGAAGUGUAACAGCUACAGAGUAAGUGCGGGUAAACAGUAAGGUGCAAGAUCGUAUCGAGUAGAUUAAGAGUUCCUUUCAUUGUACCAAAGAACGGUUGCAACGUCUGAGAGAGGUUUGGUAAGCACAUGGAUUGGAGG